AGAGCCAUGGUUCUGCGGCUAGUCACCCACUUCAACGUGCUGGCGGACGUACUCCCGAGUCUGCUCGCACAAGCGGAGACAGUGGACGAAGGAGAAGGCGCAGGUGUUUUAGAAACAACCUAUGGGAGCUUACAUGUACUAAACAUUGAAAGGAAUGGAAACAUUAUUUAUACCUAUAAGGAUAAUAAGGGAAAUGCUGUCUUUGGAUUAUAUGACUGCCAAACCAAACAGAAUAAGCAUCUGUAUACCUUUGAGAAGGACAUGCAAGCUGUCAGUUGCUCUGUCAACAGCGAGAGAACACUGCUUGCUGCAAGCUUCAUUCAGUACACAAAAGAAGGAGUAAGGAAUGAGCUUCAGACAGGAUCGAAGUGCCUGACUUUGCUGGUUGAAAUCCACCCUGUGAACAAUGUGCAGGUUCUGAAAGCAGUGGAUAGCUGUAUUUGGGUACAGUUCCUCUACCCACAAGCUGAAAGUCAUCUUCCACAGAACCACCUGCUACUGAUUUCAGAAGAGAAAUAUAUUGAACGGUUUCAUAUCCAGAUCACCAGAGAAGAUGGAGACAGAGUGGUGAUUGCAAAUUCUAGCCAUCUCCCAAGAGACAGAAUAGCUGAAGACUUUGUUUGGAGUCAGUGGGAUAUGUCAGAGCAGAGACUAUACUACAUUGAACUAAAGACAUCAAAGAGUAUCUUGAAAUGCAUCCAGUUUGGGGCAGGUGAAAGUUUUAACUUAAUGUUUGAAAUGCCCUUGGACAUAUCAUUAAGUGGCUUGAGGUUUCAACUUGUCAACUUUGGAUAUGACUAUCGUCAAGACCAAGAGAAGCUAUACAAUCAGCCUUCUCUCUGCAUUUUUACCAACCACACAGGGAGUUUGUGUGUGUGUUACAGUCCAAAGUCUGACUCUCGGAAAGAAAUCACGUAUUCGGUGUUUUACCUCCAUAAAGGAUACAGAAAGACCUUCACUGCAGCUCCUGGAAGUGCUGACUCACAGGUCACAAAGGGCAUCACUUUUCUCAACCUUGGCUACUGGGUGGCUGUUUACUCCCCUGGCCAUUUCCUUCAUUUUCUUAACAUUCAGCAUCCCGACUUGAUCUGCCACAGUCUGUUUCUGACAGGAAACAACAAAAUGGCUGCUGUGCUACCUUCAAGUCCUUUGCAGUCCCUGCCAGGGUCCCUAAUUCUGGACUGCUACUCUGGAAAGGUCUACAGAGCAACCCUUGACCAGUCAUACUUGAUGCGGUUCCUAUGGAAUGCCCAUCUAGACUGUGAGAAAAUGGCUGCACUGCACUGUGCACUGUCCUGUGGUCGAGACCCAGGUUUCUCAGAAGAACAGAUUAUUCAGUGGAUUUCCGAGCGUGUUUCUGCCUGCCAUUCAUUUGACCUCAUUCAAGAAUUUCUAAUUGCUUCUUCCUAUUGGAGUGUGUAUGCAGAGCUGGAUGACGUGGGCAUGCUCUUACCUUACUCCUCUGUGCUGACUUGGAAUGCAGAAAUUCCCGGAAUCAAGCUUGUGACAGAGGAGCUCCCGUUGCCUCUUAUGAAGGUCUACAGCUUGAAGGGGUACUGGGCAAAGCUGAACUCCAACCUGGAGUAUAUCAAGUAUACAAAGCCUCACUUGCACUAUCACAACAGUGUUGUGAGGAGAGAGUGGCAUAACCUGAUCUCUGAAGAGAGAAUGGGCAAACGAAGAUCCACAAUGUAUGUGAGGAACAUUCUUGACAACGCAAUGAAGGUGAUUUCUAACAUGGAAAGGAGGACAUUGGAGCCAAGGUUAAUACCCCUCUUACAAGAGGAAGAUAGGCACCAGCGGCUGCUCAUGGGCCUGAUGGUGUCUGAGCUAAGAGACCAUCUACUGAGACACCUACAGCGUGUAGAAAAGAAGAAAAUUGAACAGAUGGUUCUGGACUACAUUUCAAAACUGCUGGAUCUCAUUUGGUGCUUGCUAGAAACCAGUUGGAGGAAACACAGUGUGCAUCCUUGGAUUCUCCACCUCAAUAACCAUGGCAGUGCUGCAGAUUUUGAAAUCUUUCAUCUCAUGACCAGGAUUUUGGAUGCUGCUAGCAGUUUGUGUUUUCCUCUGCCUCCUGGUUUCCACUCUCUGCACACGAUCCUCGGGGUCCGCUGUCUCCCUCUGUACAACCUACUGCACUACAUUGAUAAUGGUGUGCUGCUGCUCACUGAGACCAUGGUCAUGAGGCUUAUGAAAGAUCUGGACAAUUCAGAGAAAAAUGAAAAACUGAAAUUCAGCAUCAUUGUACGGCUCCCUCCGCUUAUUGGCCAGAGGGUCUGCCGGCUUUGGGACCAUCCCAUGAGUUCCAACAUCAUUUCACGGAACCAUGUGGCCCAGCUGCUGAAGAACUACAAGAAAGAGCCUCGGAACUCCAUGACUGACAAGUCAUCAUUUCCAGUAGAAUUUCUACCUCUGAACUACUUCAUUGAAAUUCUCAUGGGCCUGGAGUCUUCCAACCAAGCACUGUGUGGCUUUGAAGGACAUGACAAUGUGGAUGCAGAAUUUGUAGAGGAAGCUGCUCUGAAGCACACCGCCGCGCUUUUGGGCUUAUGAAAAUGAACGUGCAGACAACCGAUUUCAGCGUAGUCACCCCCCUUUCCUGGGAAUUCUUCACUAUCAUUAAGAUUGGGAGCAGGUCAGAAUAUUCUGCAGAGCUGUUUGGCUUCAGUACAGUUCUUAUUCAGAGGCAGCUGUUCCAUCUUCCAGUUUGAGUAGCCAGUAAACAGCCACGAGGAAAGAACGAGUUCAAGGCUGUAGACCGUGACAGAAGCACUGCCCUUCUUGGAGGCCCAGCAGGCUAGGAGCUGGUUCUGCUGCUCUACAGAAUCUAAUAACAUAGGGAACAAUGCUCAGGACAGUAAGAGCCAGGCAGAUCACUGGAAAGAACAUAAAACAGGCAGGAAAAUAAAUGUUGUGAAGAGGAUUUCAGAAGAACCUGAAACUGGAGUAAACAAGAUUUGUCUUUCCAGUAUGGAGUAACUGUGACAAAUCAUCAUUUGCACAUAUGGGACUUAAACCAGCCUUUGUGGUGGUUCAGAUAGAGCCCUAUUUAAUUUUAUAUUUAUGAUUUAGUACUAUCUUGUCAUUA